AUUUAUUAUAUAUAUGAAUGUUUCUUACACUUUGGGGAGUUUAUGUAAGAUAUAAAUAUUGCACUUUUAUGAAUUAAAAGCAUGUCGAAUCUUAGGAGGGAGAAAAACGAGUCUGCUCAUGCAUGUUAAUAUACACAACAAACUAAUUCUUACAGUUUGAAAAACUAAAUUUGAUUUCUAACAAUUUUUAAUAUACUUUACCGUAUAUGGCGUUUUAUUUUAAGUAAUUCUUUUUUUUUUUGGUACAAUUUAUUUUAAGUAAUUCUUGCUGGUGCAUUCUCCUUAUGGGAUUGUUAUCAGUUUUAUUUGCUAACUAGGUUUGUAAAUGGGGUCCUUGUAAAUGUAACUGUAACUAAAUCACAAUACUGACUGUACAAAUUCAAAAUUAAUACUUUUGAUAUUUAAAUGGUAUGAGCUAUUGAACUGUCAAUAUAUAUACAGCAAGAUUUAUUUUUAUUUUGUUAGAGACAAAACUAAGUUUAUUAUAUUGACUAUAAUUUGUAUAAGCGCCGUUGAUCAAAUUCGAAUACAUGUAGUUUUUUCAUUUCGGAUCUAAAUAUGCAUAAUUAAAUACAUAUCUUCUUUGUUGGUUUAAAUAUAUUAAAUACAUAUGUUAUUUUAUCAUUCUCUGGAUACAAACGCGUUUUAACUAUAUAUUAAACGCGUUUCUUUAUAGUUUAAAAUCCCGUUUGUUUAUGUGCCUAUAUUUAUGUGCAUGUGAAUCUUGAUUAUUUGAUAAAGGGAAGAAUAUAUUACUAUAUUAUAGUAUAAUGAAGUCUCGAAAAAUUAGGGGAAUAUUCUAGUGCCGCCAAAGUUCAAGAAGAAAAAUCCAAAACUAAGACAUUAAAUAAAUAUAAAUAAUAUUUUAUAGGAAUCUUAAAACAUGAUUACAGUAUGAUUAAAGUGGAAAUUACAUAAAGAAAUAGUAACAAGUCAGCCCACAACCUGACGACCUCUCGCCCUUCCAAAAAUUCACCUGCAUUUUGACAGUUAUAUGUCUCUUAGCUUCUUUCAAUUAACUAACACAUCGUAAUUAUUUUACUUUUCAGCUAGGAGGUAUAAAAGCACAUAUAUAGUUAAUUAACUUAAUUUUGUUUGAAAAGCGAUAUGAUCCAGAUUGAUAUAUAAAAAAAAAUUAGAUUUUAGAAGUAUGAAGUAUUGAUCUACUUGUAGCACGUAUAAAAAUUAUAAUACUAAGUAUGAAUUCUAUUCUACAAAUCAUUUUUCUAAUGUAAAAUAGUUUAAAUAGCACUUUUAAAAAUAUUAUGAUUCACUCACAUUGUAUUAACUAAGUUAAUAAAAUAUGAAAGGAAAAACACUUUGAUAUAUUGGAAGAAAAAAACUUUGCUAAAGAAAAAGGAAAAGGGAACAUUGCAAAAAGAUACUUGUAAAAAAGCAUGAAAAAGAUACUCGUAUCUACUAACUUUAUUCUCAAUUCUAGAGAGCAUUCACAUUUUUUAGUUGUUAAUGUUUUUUUCCUCACAGAAAUAAGAAAAUGAUGUAAGAAAAUUCCCAAUACUUUUUUAACUGUGAUUUGAUCUUAUUUGGUCAAAUAUAAAUGUUCUAAAUGGCAAGAAUAAUUGUUUGAAUUCAGUUUAAAAUACUUUGUUUAUCAAUUAAAAGGGAGACUAGAAAAAGAAAAUCGAAUAUUUAAAGUGGGGGUAUGCCCUUUUUCAAAAAAAAAAAAAAAGUGGGGGUACUUGAAAGGAAGAGUUUAUAAUGUCGCAUGGUUUUUGUUUUCACUGUCCACCAGACGAUUAUUCUCUUUUGCCUAUUUAGGUUCUUGAAUGACUUGUCGUAUGUUGUUGGAUUUACCUCAUCAGCACGUGCAUGGAUACACGUGCAUUGCAGGUUUAGUUCUCAGCAAACGAAAGAUGUAACCAUCGCCGUUGGAUCUGUUUGCUUCUUUGACCACCCUUAAUUUACGGAAAUGUAAAUCUCAAUCAGUCAAUUAUGAAAAGGAUCAAUAAAGCGUUGGCUCUCAUAUAAACUGUAACAAUCAUUUUAAUUGUUUAAAGUAUAACAUAUUCAACUAUUUAAUUUAGUUAUUUUUUCAAAAUUUAAUCCAUUAUUCAACUUCUAGCCACAUAAUUAUUGAUGCCUUUGGCCCGAUCCUUACAAAAACUUUAUCCAAACCUAAUUGAUAUGAAAAUGUUUUUAUAUUGUAUCGUUAUCGCAUAUACAUCAUGAUUGUACUGAAAAAUAUAACACUAAGAGAAUCUAUAAUGAGAAAAGAAGGAAAUUGACAGGAAUAUCAGUUACAAAAAAAAAAAAAAUUGACAGGAAUAUGAAAAAGCAAAUAAAUACGAGAAAAUAAUUAAGGCUAAAUAAAUAAUGAGAUCAUCACACCAAAUAGAAAAGGCAGACAUAGUAACUUUCUGUGUGUCAUGACGCACUGCCACUUCCACUGAAAAAAAGCUAGUAGUAUCAAAUAUUGAAGAUAAUAGUAGUCAGGUAAAUUUUAUAGAGUUAAGUUCCACCGCCAUUAACUUUUAACUAAUAAACAGAUAAAAAUAGGGAAAUAUAUGUUUAAUUAUAAAUGAAAAUGGCUGCGACAGUUUGAUCAAGGUGCUUAUAUAUAUGAAAGAUGAAUAAUAUUUUUUAUCACACAUAUUUGCUUAACUGUGUAGGGUGGGUGUGUGCCUAUAUAAGUAAACAACCAAUAUAACUUCUCUUUUGUAUUAUCCUCUCAUUCUAAUUACAUAAGAUUCUAAGUGCUUCUGGUCUUUUUGUUCUCUCUUAAUUUUCCUUUAAAUCUCAUCUCUAAUCUUAACUUUCUCUUUUGUAUUUCUCAACAAAACUUUCGUCCAGAGGAAGUCAUGACAGCUGAAGAACAUACAAUCUCUAGUAGUGGAGGAUAUGUCCAAAACUUAUCAGCAACUGAUCAUGUCGAUCAUCGUCAUGAACAUGAACCCUUUAAUCCUCCUCUUGCCAAGAAGAAGAGAAACCUCCCUGGAAACCCUGAUCCAGAAGCUGAAGUCAUAGCUCUAUCUCCAAAAACACUUAUGGCCACAAACCGUUUCCUCUGCGAAAUAUGUGGAAAGGGUUUUCAAAGAGACCAGAAUCUACAGCUUCACCGUCGAGGUCACAACCUCCCAUGGAAGCUAAAGCAGAGGACAAGUAAAGAAGUAAGGAAACGAGUGUAUGUGUGUCCGGAGAAGAGCUGCGUCCAUCACAAUCCGACAAGGGCACUUGGUGACCUUACAGGAAUCAAGAAACAUUUUUGUCGCAAACAUGGCGAGAAGAAGUGGAAGUGUGGCAAAUGCUCCAAGAGAUAUGCAGUCCAAUCUGAUUGGAAAGCUCAUUCAAAGACUUGUGGGACUAGAGAGUAUAGAUGUGACUGUGGUACUAUUUUCUCCAGGAGAGACAGCUUCAUAACACAUAGAGCGUUUUGCGACGCCUUAGCAGAAGAAACUGCUAGGCUAAACGCAGCUUCUCAUCUCAAAAGCCCCACCGGUAAUAAUCUUAAUUACCAUUAUCUUAUGGGCACACUCAUCCCAUCACCACAACCACCACCGUCGUUUCCAUUUGGAGCACCGCAACCGCAACAUCACCACCACCCUUUUCCCAUCACAACCACCACCUUUGAUCAGCAUCAUCAUCAAGACUCCAUGCAACCUGCUUCUUCACUCUCUCUAUGGAUGGGAGGAAAUGUUAAUCAUCAUCAAGUGACCAACGAGGACUGUACGCAGCCGCAGUCACCGCAGGAGGAUUAUAACUGGGUUUUUGGGAACGCAAAUAAUAGCGGCGAGUUAAGCGAUUCACUCAUCACACGUGAAAAUAUCAAUAUGGCUGCCCAUAAUGAAAACGCAAACGCGGUUACUUCUCUUUCCGUGCCUUCUCUUUUUAGCAACGUCGACCAAAUGAGACAAGACGCAAACGUAGCGGUCGCAAAUAUGUCGGCAACUGCGUUACUUCAAAAAGCGGCUCAAAUGGGCGUCACUUCUUCUACUCCGACCACCACCAGCGACCAGUCAGCGUUUCUUCAGAGUUUUAAGUCGAAAAUCUCCGACCAGAGUCCGAAUGUAGAAGAUGGUGGCAGUGACAAGUUCUUCGCAUUGUUUGGAUCGAACAGUGUCGGCUUAAUGAGUAACAAUGGUCUUGGUCACGAGAUCGUGAACCCUAGAAAUGGCGUUACGGUCGUUACGGGGAUUGAUGAAUUACAGAAUUACCCUUUGAAGCGUAGAAGAGUUGAGAAUGGGGAUGCAUUAGGAGGAGGGCAAACUCGAGAUUUCCUUGGAGUUGGUGUACAAACAAUGUGUCGUUCAUCUUCUAUCAACGGAUGGAUUUAAAAGUUGAAACACUUGUAAUGGAUUUUUCUACCUUAUUUAUAAGAACUUAUCAAAGCUGUAGUGUAACUUUGUUUAGGGAUUGUUAGUGAAAGUAGAAUUUGUAUUGAUUGUUAAAAUUUUCAAAUUCUAUUGGUAUAUGUCAAUGAGUUUUAACAUU